GAUGAUGUAUGCUUAAUAUUUUUAAUAGCAAUCCAUGGCGGAUGGCUAUGAAACAUUUUUACUAUUUAAUAUAACUUUCAAAUCAAUAAAGACUGAUUCGAAACAAACUUCGCAAAAAGAAGAAAAUCCACUGCCUGUCAACAAUGAAUACAUCGAAACAUAAACAAGCUUUGUUUGAUGCUUGUGAUGAUGGCGACGUUUCCGUGAUAGAAGAGUUGAUGGAGCUCAAGGUAGAUGUAAAUGAUUGCAUGGAAGAUGGCACAUCGCCGUUGUGUAUAGCAUCACAAGGAGGAUAUACGUCAAUAGUGUGUACACUGCUCAAAUAUGGCGCAAACGUAGACCUGACAGAUAGUGGAGGGGUAUCUGCAAUAUUAAUGGCAAGUCAAAAUGGACACACCGAGACAGUUGCCGAAUUACUGAAACAUAAACCGGACGUGAAUAAAUGUAAUUCUCAAAAUAUUACCCCACUUUUCAUGGCUUGCCAAACAGGACACACAGAAAUCGUCAAAAUAUUACUAUUAAAUAAUACCGAUGUAAAUAAGUAUAGAGAUAGCGGUGCUUCGCCAUUGUAUAUAGCAUGCCAGCAUGGUUAUGUAGAAAUAGUUAAACAUUUACUGGCUAACAAAGCAGACCCAAAUGUAUGCACUAAUGCAAACGAAUCUCCCCUCAGUGUUGCAAGUCAAAAAGGAUAUAAAGAAAUAGUUGAUAUGUUACUUGAUUUUAGAGCCGAUGCCAACAUGUGCUGGAAAAGUGGCACUUCGGCCCUCUAUUUAUCAUCACAAAAUGGUCACUUAGAGACCGUUCAAAAGCUUCUGAUCGCUGGAGCAAACAUAAAUAGCACAACCAAGGACGGUGAUACAUCCUUACACAUUGCUUGUCAAGGUCAUCAUAUCGAUAUCGUUCGCUGUUUAAUACUAAACGGGGCUGACGUGAACAAAUGCAAUGCCCAGGAAAUAUCACCAUUGUUCAUUGCAAGCCAUUUAGGGUUUGAGGAUAUAGUUCAGCUUCUUCUAGAAAACACAGCAAACAUUAACAAGUGCAACAAUGGAAACGAAUCUCCAUUGUUUGCUGCCUCGCGUUGUGGCUUUUUAGCGAUUGUUAAAAACCUGCUCGAUAAAGAUGCAUCAUUUGAUAUUUGUACUGAAAAGGAAGAAAGUCCCUUGUACACAGCUUGCAGGUUUGGUCGUACUGACAUUGUCUGUUUAUUGUUAGAUUACACAGCAGACUUGCAGAAAGCCAAUGAUAAAGGAGAAACUCCAUUGUAUAUUGCCUGUGCAAAGGGAUUUAUCGAUAUCGUAAAUGUGCUUGUAACUCGAGGUGCAGUUGUAAACAGUUGUUCACACAUUGGAUUAUCACCGCUUCAUGCUGCUUGUUACGCCGGUCAGACAGCUAUUGCUAAAUUGCUUAUUGAGAAUAAUGCUGAUGUCAAUGUUCGUGACGAGUAUGAUACAUCGCCACUGUGGGACGCUGCUUCGAAAGAUCAGUCUGAAAUUGUCUCUUUACUACUAGACAGUGGUGCUGAUAUGAACUACCCUAGAGAUGACGAUGGUUCAACCCCACUGCAUAUUAGCUGCGAGGAAGGGUAUGUCGAUAUUGUACGUUUACUACUUAACAAUGGUGCUGAUGUGAAUCAGUGUGACAAUGAUGAGAGAUCUCCUAUGUAUAUUGCAUGUGAAUAUGGUCACAGAGAUGUUGUUGAAGCUUUAUUUGAGAAAAACCCUGUCAUUGAGAAUAGAGGUUCUUUGUUCAACAUAGUAUUAUCAAAUGGACACGAAGAUGUUUUGGCUGAAUUGUUUACACAAUCCAACAAGAAAUAAAACAAAACUGGAAGAUAUCUGUUGUAUAUAUUUUACUGCGGAGUAAACAAUACUUUAAAUAUUACCAUGCACAAGCACAAGUAUCUUCAUUUAUAUUUUGAACUUUACUUUCAACUUUCGAAAAAAAGUUCUUAUCAAUUGUGUGUCAAAAAAGAGAAUUCCCUAGAAAGUCUGCAUGUUUAAAGAUGGUGGAACAAAAUCAUCGAACUUAUAUACAGCUAAGCAUCAUUUUAGAGAUUUAUUUAUAUAUCACGUUCGGAAUGUUAUACCAUACCUAAUAGUAUACAUAUAAAGGAUUAUAUGAAGACGAUGUAUGUUGUUACUGUUUUUAAUAAGACCAACGAACAAGUGAUCGAUAAACUAAAUGACGAACGUAUAACUUAUGAUAUCGCACAUUUACAAGAUUUACAACUAUUAAGAUCAGCUGAUGUAAAGGGUCUCCACUGCCUAAGUAUCACCUCCUCUGAUGGAUUAAUUAUAUCUGUUAAAACCUUUUCAAAAAGUUCAUUAACCAUUGUACCAUCCUUGGCACUUGUUUCAAUGUAAGGAAUGUCAUGUUCAUUGGCGAAGUCCUGUAAAAUUAAUAUCUAUAAUUAUACACAGGAAUAAUCAAGUUAUGAAUAUUUAUAACAUUUCGUGCGUCCGAAUCGCUUUUCUAGAUUUACUUUCAUCAGGAACGCUCAAACCUAAAAAGUUGAAAGCCAGUGGUGCGUAAAUACGCUGCAACGAUAUGAGCUAUAUGAUAAAAAAGGACCUAAACAAAAUAGUCAAUUUCAUCUAAGGUCAACUUUGCCUGAAGGAUUUGGGACCUUAGUUUCACGAUAUUAACAUGCGUAUGUGUCCAAUGUGUGACUGGUGCAUAACUUUGGUAUAAACAUUAGCAGAAAAAGACAAACUUCAAAAUCAAAAUGAAUGUAAUUGAAUUUAAAAACAGACGAAGAGUUGUCUCCUGGUAAUGUAAAUUAUUCUAUAUCAAUUGGUUUUUCUAGAGAGUUUGAGGUGAUGCUUACUUUUACGUAUCACCUUAUACCAUUUUCUUAAUGUUUGUAUUAACACUUGUAAUUUUAAUUUAUUUUUCGUAUUGUAUAGUUUGAUAGAGUUGUGAAACACUGA